ACCUUCCCCGUGCUCCCGCUCGCCCCCAUAUUUAUCGCAACCACCCCGCCCUGCCCCAUACACAAGCAUAGGUUUUAUCUGUUACGUCGCAGCAUCUGCACGCGGCCUGCGUUCGAGCGAUCAGCUCCCCUGUGCUGCGCGACCAUGGCCGCCGUGUCGGAGGUGGCGGUCGACGGCGUCGUCUUCCCGCCGGUGGCACGCCCGCCGGGCUCCGGGCGCUCGCACUUCCUCGCCGGCGCAGGUGUGCGAGGGAUGGAGAUUGGCGGCAACUUCAUCAAGUUCACGGCCAUUGGCGUGUACCUGGAGGAGGGCGCCGCCGUGUCCGCGCUGGCGAAGAAGUGGGCCGGCAAGUCCGCCGACGAGCUCGCCGCCGACGCCGCCUUCUUCCGCGACGUCGUCACGGGCGACUUCGAGAAGUUCACGCGGGUGACGAUGAUUCUGCCGCUCACGGGCGAGCAGUACUCGGGCAAGGUGACGGAGAACUGCGUGGCGUACUGGAAGGCCGUCGGCGUGUACACGGACGCCGAGGGCGCCGCCGUGGACAAGUUCAAGGAGGCCUUCAAGCCUGAGACGUUCCCGCCGGGCGCGUCGAUCCUCUUCACGCACUCGCCCGCCGGAGUCCUCACCGUUGCGUUCUCCAAGGACUCGUCGGUGCCGGAGUCCGGCGGCGUGGCGAUCGACAACAAGCCCCUCUGCGAGGCCGUGCUGGAGUCCAUCAUCGGGGAGCACGGCGUCUCGCCGGCCGCGAAGCUGAGCGUCGCGGCGAGGGUGUCGGAGCUCCUCAAGGAGGCCAGCCCGGCCGGCGGCGCGCCACAGGCGGCGGCGGAGCCCGCGGUCCCGGUCUCCGCGUGAGGGGAGGAAGAGCCAGGCGAUGGCAUCCGCCGGCUGCCGGUGUCUAAGAUGUGUGCCAGUAGCAGGGAGAGAGAUGCCGCGGCGGCGCGCCCUGUCGAUCGUCUUGUUUGUUUGUGCCCUUUGUGGCCGUGUUCGUGUUCGGAUCCCUACAUGCCGUUCGCUGCCGGUGACCUGAAUUACUAUUACUAAUAAAGAAACGCGGCGGAUACUUAUGUUGCAUCUCCGAUAAUUAAAAUUCCCCAGUGCGUGGGUCAAUU